AUGGGCUCCGCCGACCAAGAGAAACCACUAUAUACCCUCCUCUCCGCCACCCCAUCUCCCUAUGCCCGCAAAGUCCGCAUCUCACUUCUAGAAAAAGGCAUUCCCUUCAAGCUCCAGACAGAAGUCCCAUGGGACAGUGAUACCCAAACACCCAACUACAAUCCAUUAGAAAAACUCCCGGUCCUCAUCGAUAAUGCCACAGGCAAAUCUGUAUACGAAAGCGCUUUUAUUCUAGAAUGGAUUGAAGUCAAGCACAAAGAUCGCGAACCGAAAUUGAUCCCCGCGGAUGAUGAGGAGAGAUUACAGGUUAAGGAGAUCGAAGUGGUCGCUGAUGGAAUCUGUGACGCCCUCGUCCUCCUCAUCUGGGAACGCAACCGCUCCAAAGAAACCCAAUCCGAGCCCUGGGCAGCCCGCCAAACCCGCAAAGUGACUGGCGGAAUCAAGGCUCUAAAUAAGUGGGUCACGUCCCGCCCCGACCCCUCCUCCCCCUACGUUCACGGCUCCAAACUCAGCAUCGCCGACUUGGCAAUUUGCGCUGUCCUAGGUUUCAUGAACGUACGAUUCCCCGAUCACGAAUGGCAAACCCAAUAUCCAGAAUUGAAAUCUUACUGGGAAGAACAUGAGAAGCGAGAGAGUUUCAAGGCGACUGUACCCGUGGCCCAGACGUAUAAGGAUAAGAUUGUAUAG